CCCAGGAAAAGUGACACUCGCGGAGCCCGCCGGAGCGCGGAGGAAAUAAAAGCGGCGGCGGGCAGGAAGUGUGAGGAGGAGGAGGAGGAAGGGGAGAAGAAGGAGGCGGAGGAGGAGGAAGAAAAAGAAGAAGAAGGAGAAGAAACAGCAGCAGCCGCUGCCGCCGCGGCAGAAAAGAAAGCAAAAGCCGCCCGAGGGCUCGGAGCCGGCGGCGCGGCAUCCGCGGGGCUGCGCGGCGCGGCCAUGGCCCGGGAGAACGGGGACGGCGGCGGCUCCUGGAAGAAGCAGGCGGAGGACAUCAAGAAGAUCUUCGAGUUCAAGGAGACGCUGGGGACGGGUGCAUUCUCCGAAGUUGUUUUGGCUGAAGAGAGAGCGAGUGGGAAACUCUUUGCUGUCAAAUGCAUUCCCAAGAAGGCACUGAAGGGAAAGGAAAGCAGCAUAGAGAAUGAAAUUGCAGUGCUGAGAAAGAUCAAGCAUGAAAAUAUAGUUGCUCUGGAAGACAUCUAUGAGAGCCCGAACCAUUUAUAUUUGGUCAUGCAGUUAGUGUCUGGGGGAGAGCUCUUCGACCGCAUCGUGGAGAAAGGCUUCUACACGGAGAAGGACGCCAGCACCCUGAUCCGGCAGGUGCUGGACGCUGUGUACUACCUGCACCGCAUGGGCAUCGUGCACAGGGACCUCAAGCCUGAGAACCUGCUUUACUACAGCCAGGAUGAAGAGUCAAAAAUCAUGAUCAGUGACUUUGGCUUGUCGAAGAUGGAGGGUAAAGGAGAUGUCAUGUCCACAGCCUGUGGAACUCCUGGCUAUGUCGCUCCUGAAGUGCUGGCCCAGAAGCCCUACAGCAAAGCCGUGGACUGCUGGUCCAUCGGGGUCAUCGCCUACAUCCUGCUCUGUGGAUAUCCCCCUUUCUAUGAUGAAAACGACUCCAAACUCUUUGAGCAGAUCCUUAAGGCAGAGUAUGAGUUUGACUCUCCAUACUGGGACGACAUCUCCGAGUCUGCUAAAGAUUUCAUCCGGAAUUUGAUGGAGAAGGACCCUAAUAAAAGAUACACCUGUGAGCAAGCAGCACGGCACCCUUGGAUCGCUGGAGAUACAGCACUCAACAAAAACAUCCAUGAGUCGGUCAGUGCUCAGAUCCGGAAGAACUUCGCAAAAAGCAAAUGGAGACAAGCGUUCAAUGCCACGGCGGUGGUGCGGCACAUGAGGCGGCUACACCUCGGCAGCAGCCUGGACAGCGGCAGCGCCAGCGUGCCCAGCACGCUCAGCCUCGCCGCGCCGCUCCCCGACUCGGCCACGCGGAAAGAUUGUAUGUCUCCAUCCACUCUCUGUAGUUUUGUUUCAUCUGCUUCUUCAGGCGUUUCUGCGGUAGGAGGGGACCGGAGACCCAGAGCCACCACGGUGACCACAGUGCACACAGGGAGCAAGUGAGCGCCGGGGCGGCGAGGAGCGGGCAGGCGGCAGGGCUGGCGGGCGCCGGCCCGCCCUGCUCGGAGAAGGACUAGAAGAAAGAAGAUUUUUUAAUGGCCAUAUUUUAUACUGCAAUUCUGAAGUGUUUCAUUUGUCACAAACUGCAAUGACUCCAGGAGGAAUGGAAUCUAACAGUCUCUGGUGCUGUACAUAUAUAUAUACAUAUAUAUAUGUAAAUAUAUAUAUGUAUGUGAGUCUAGCAGUGUUCCAACUAAUGAACACUCAUUCUUUCCCCCAGUGAUUUACUCUUUUCUCAGUGUAGGUAACAGAAUAAGUUGUAUUUUUUUUUCCAUUAACUACAAACAUCUCAACUGGAUUAUUUAAAUAGAAAUACUUUUCUGAGCAUUUUUUUUCUUUUAAAACUUACUUCAAGUAAUGUCCCUCUUCCAGUUUGCUGGGGGAUAGGCUAUUUCUGUAGGUAGGAAUUGGCAUUAACUUUGCAACACGGGAGGAUUUCAAUGGCACGCCAUUUCUUGCUCCUCAGAUUGGACUGCAAGUCUGUCUGGCUUUAGCAGAGCUGUUACUGCUCGGAUUAAGGAGCUGCUGCUUCCCACCCACCCCCAUCCUCCUCCUUGAAAGCCACAGGGAGAAUUAAAUUGCCACCAGCUGGGAGUUGGCUCAUCCUUGGCCUCAUUCCUGUCAUUCUGGGGAUCAGCACCCUUGUUUCAGAGGAGAGGCAGGUACACAGAGUCAGGCAGGAGCUGACCAGAGCUGUGCAAGGGAAAUGACAGAGCACGGUCUCAUCCUGCAGCUCCCAUCUCCGUCGAGUCACUGUGUUGUGAGCAGUGGGAAAGAAAAGGAAGAUACAGGGGUGGGAAUCAUCAUCCUCUGCCACUGCCUCUUGCUGUGCUGCCUCAAACAAGACAUUUAAUUCACCAGCUUGCCUGCAGUGUGGCUUCUGGCAUGGGGUGCAUCCAGCCCAAGGGCUUCAUGAGGGAGAUUCUGAGCACCCACAGGUCCUUGGGGCUUUGCCUGGCAUUGCUGAUGCUCAGCACCUCCCAAAGUAGCCAAAAGUGAGGAGAGGAGAGGAGAGGAGUGGUGCUUGAAGCCCUCUGUAAAGCAUUGGCAGGUUCUUGAGUGCAGUAUCUGGUGUAGUGUAGCUCCAUCAUGGUCAGGCUGAAGGUUGACAAGGAGUGCUGAGCUGGGAAAGCAGGACCUUGCUGAAAGGCACAGGCACAGCUGGGGCAGUGGUGGCACUGGCUCUUCCUCCUCCCCAGAAGCUCAUAUAUCAAUGCAAGCCAAAUUUACCCAUUUUUUAAUCACUGAAUGUGUGCACUUCCCAGGCUCUUUGUGCUGGUGCAUCAUUUGGGAACAGCCACCACAACUACUGUGCUGCUGUGCUUUAAAGCAGCUUGAAACAGAAAAGAGAGCAAAUUUGCCCAGUUUGCUAAAGGGCUCCUUCCAGGUUACCUCAAUGAAAUUCCCAUCUAAUUUCAGUUUGAGGAGGUGAGAGAGGAGGCAGGUGGCAUUGGCAGAAGCCCUUCGCUGGGCACUCUGAGCCCCUUGCACCCCAGAUACAUCCAUCCCUGCCAGAGGCACAAUUCCCUGCAGUGUGCUCUGUUGUCACACUUGCAUCUCUUUCCUGCACAAGAAAUUGUGAAAGCCAGUCACAGACAGAGCUGAAUGUAUCAGGCAAUAGUGCCUGUGCUGGGAAAAGCCAUAAGAUAGGUAUUUUUCAUCAAGACUUCUGUACUCUGCUCCAGCUUUAGUUGGGUUGACACAGCCGAGGCAGGAUUUUCAUCCAUCCUACUACAAAAACCCUUGGGAAAAAAAAUCAAAGCUGGAAAAGCAUGUGGCAGUGAGCACUGACUCUGAAAUAGCCACUCCUUCAGCAGCACUUAGAGCUGUUGCACCAGAUCUCUAGUUUCCUCUGUGUUAAGUUGCUCCCUGUUUUCAGAGGGCUGUGACAUAUCUGAGGGAGCCCCAGGUGCUCCCUGUGCACCCCACCGUGCUGCAUUGAUUCUCACACAGAAAAGGCUGCAACUUCAACUUCUCAUUUUGGGAAAGAUAGCAGAUACUGAACUGUUGGGGGCUUAUAGAAAAACUCCAUAUAAUUUCCACAGUGAAGACUUCUGACCAAGAUUUGGGCAGACUGAAGGGCAGGGAAUCUACUUGCUGAAAGUCACACUCCUGUCCUCAUACCCUGGCUAUUGCCACCAUACACUUUUUAUCAGCAUUUACAUCUGAGCUCUUUAUGUCUUGCUGCAUCAAAAAAAACAUCAAAACACGAGUAGAGCGCGAUUUAAACUCAGUUUAAGGACACUUUAUUUUACCAGCCUGAGUAAGGAAGAUUUGAGAGGCUCCAACCUCAAGAAAUUAAAGGGAUUUUGAACCUGUAUGAUUUCAUAAGCUCAGCUGGCCCUAUUCUGCUCCAGUUGCAGGUUGUAAAUAGACACUCUCCCAGUUUGGCAUCAGUGGAGUUCCCCACAUUUACACAUGUGCAACCAAAAGCAGGAUUUAGUUAGGGAAUAAUUUUAUCUCUAGAGUAGUUUUAAAGGUUAGGGCUCAAGUGUUUCCUCUGCACCUCCUCUUCUGAAACCUGAGGUCUGAAGGUCUGAACUUGACCUCAGCAGUUUCUGUGGCCACUGAUCAAAAUACAGCAUCCAAAUGAAUCUUGCAGAAAAAAGAAAAGCAAAUGGAUUUUCAUCUCCAAAACCAUGAGCAGUGACAGGAGUGAAGGCAGACAUGCUGUCCUGCAGAUGGGGGGCUGCCCCUCCCUGCUGGGUCCUUUCUGUGUUUGGUUUUUGUUUUGUUUUUUUGUUGUUGUUGUUGUUGGGAGGGGUAUUCUUGCCUUCCAUUGUUGGAAUUAGUGUGAUUUGGUUUUGUUUCUGCAAGUAAUAUUCUGCCUUGGUUGUGUAAUUUAUCAUCAUUCUCUUUGGCUUGCUGUCGACUGCUGGGAUCGUAAGAAACAAAAAUACUUAAGAGCAAAAUUGUUUCUUUCUGCUACAGUUUUGGUGGUGGGGAGCUCUUCUUUGGUAUCAGUGAAACACAGCGGGAGACCUGAUUGAGGUUCACCAAAUGCUUAGAGAUCUCUCCUGAAGCAUCACUUGGUUAAAAGUUCUCAGUUUAAAUCUGGGUACAUCUGUGAACAGGGGUGACUUGGCAGCACCCAGGCCAGAUCUGUGGGGGGGGGCUGGAGACAUUUGCCACUUGGCAUCACAGGGCAAACACUUCAGCCUUGCCUGCCAGGGAUGCUCCAGUGCUUUUGCAUGUCGUUCCCCUGCCCCAGCCCGCUUCUGCUCAGCCACUCUCACAGGAGAAUGCAAAGGUGGAGUAAAUAAUGUGGACAUGGGGGAACAGCCAAAUAGCCCCUGAGUAGAAGCUUCAAAACAAAUCCCCAGCUGGCCUUGCCAUGAAGGACUGGGUAGAAGACUCACUCUGGGCUCUUUUCCAAUGAACUGUCCUCCUAAACAAUCUGUGAUUUGCUGCUUGCAUGAGGACUUCAGCCUGGACUCUGUUACCCUUUUCUGCUUUACUUUACUGGUACCGAUGUGCUUUUCCUUUGUAACUUGUUUUCCUCAGCUCCUUCCCCUUCUUUUUCUUUGCUUGCAGCUUUGAUUGUUGAUUUUUACCUCCAGAGUCACAGAGGCCAUCUCUGAUGCCAACAGCAGUGCUCUUGCUGGGAAAACAAAACAAAAAAAUCCAGAAAAGCUCCAGCUGGCCCCUUAGCCUGCAGAAGAAGUUGUGAGGACAGGCUGCCCAUGAACUCUGCAAGCUGAAAGUCAGUAUUGCAGUGGCAAGGGCUUCUGCUGAUGAUCUUGCAUGUGACUUCAUUCCCAGUGCAUCCUAACUCUCUGCUGGAUCACCCCUUCUGCAGCACAAAAUGGAUAUUGGCCCUGCGGCACGGCUAGUGGGGAAGUAGGAGUGUGGGGAAAACCUGGCAGUGUUGCUUUCCUGACACUGUGUCACUCUGCUGCUGCUGUCUCUUCUGUCCUGGUUGCUGUUGUACAGGUGCCAUUAGAGUAGUGGGUACAAAAGAAAAAGAAGAAGUAGGAUUUUACCUAUGCCUUGCGUGUCUGUUAUGGUUGCAGUGCUGAAAUAAAACCAAGAAAUUUGGUUCAUUUCUGACAUGAAUCAAACCACAAAAAGGGGUGUGAUCCCGCUGGUAGACAUCUCCGUGUAGUUCUGCUGUAGGCAUUGGAUAGGUGUUUCUGCUGUGCGUGUGUCCUGCAUACCUCCAUGGCCGAUGACAGUAUUUUUGUAUUACCUGUUCUCUUGGGUUCCUGCCUGAUUCUGAUGAAAUUCAGGUCUUGUCCUAAGAUUUUUUCUGUACCAGGGCCAGCAUAACCCCUGAUCUCAGGCUUUUCUCCCCAAACCCUCUGCAAACCUGAACAUGGGCCUCCAGGGUGCCUGUGAAAUGUAGUUGCAGCUGGCCCCAAGGCUGUUCCCUUCCUAUUUUUAGGGAAGCAUGCUGCCAGAGAAAGCCAGAUAGCUUUCAGCCGUUGGCAAGCAGAGAUGAUAUUGCCCUUUGAUGUGAACUUGGCAUUAACAAGAUCAGCUCUAGGGAAACCUGUGCUAUUACUUCCUCCAGUGAUAACAGCUCCAACCCUGAGCAGCACUGAAUGAGCACCAGAUAAAAACACCAGACUGACUUUGCCAUCAAGAUCAUGCAGGCCGUAGCCUGUUCCUUUUGCUUUUUCCAAAGGAAUCAGGGGAUUUUCUACUGGCAAAAUAACAGUUUCUAGGCUGAGCCCCAAGGUACAGAAGUAGCUUUUAUUCAGCAUAUGGAAAUUCUCAUUUGAUGCAAUUAUUCCUGUUCUUGCUCCCAUGCACAUUUACCUGUCUGAAUUGGGGCCUGAAUGUAUCCCAGAAAUUAUUAAUGGGAAGGGAGUUUUGCCUUCCUUAUUGUGCUUAUUUGCACCAGAAACUCAAACACUCAUUCAAGCAAAAAGCAGAAACACACACAAAGACUACAAUAUCCAAGGAAAACAGCACCAAGACCAGGAGUGGAGGAUUAGUUGGCAAAUCACUGUCAGCAAUGGCUGAGUGAGGGGAACAGCAACCUGCUCACAAACACUGCAUGAACUCUUGUUUCCCCUGGUGAACCAGUCAUCCCAUAUUUCAUGCCCAGGAGCAAGUUUUACCCAGCAAGUUUUACCCAAUCCCUUUUGUUUUCCCUCACAUCCCUGCAGCCGGGUCCUGCCUUCCCACCCUGUCUGCGGGGUGCUCUGGUCUCUGGGACACUGGUGUGUGUUUGUGUGUGCACGUGCACAUUGUGGCCCCAGGGGUCACGGAUCCCUCCGGUGGGUGAUCAGGAGUUGGUCCAGGUUUUUUGGUCUGACUUUGCACGGUUGGGUCAAAGCUCUGUAAAUAGUGUUUGUAGCGAAGGAUAGAGGCCCUUUAGCCUGGACUCUGGUAUUCAAGACCCCCUUCCCCACCACAGAUAGUGCCACUUACCUGUCCAGGUAGUUUUAUUUUUUCACCCUCCUCUUCAUAAUGCUAAGGUCACUCAAAUGGCUCUUAGAGUUUUUCCAUACUCCAGAGUGGAAUCAGGGCAUGUGUGCUCGCAAGCAUUGUGAAAAAACACUGCUGAACUAAUGAUGGCAUCAACUGUCCAAUAAAUGCAUGAUACUGCACUGCAUGUAUUAAACUGCUGUUCACUGUUCCUGUAUUUCCCGAGCCUUUUCUUUAUGCACAUUCAACCCAACCUUCUCUCUGAGGGAUUUACUUCUAUGUAUCGCUUUUAAAUGACUCAAUGUAUCUGUAACUCGAAAUCCAUUGUUAAGUUUAAGUAAAUGCAAAAGCUGAUGUUUUGUAAACAAGAUACUGCAAAGCCUGGUAAUGUAUUUUGUCUUUCUGUUGAGUGCUCUGCAGCAUGUACAGAAAGAGUCACCAUCCAGAGCAGCUUAAAAUUAGGCAGCAGUCACAUAACACAGGUAUAGAACCAGGAGCUGGGGAGGUGAGAAUCCCUUUUUUAAUACAACACUUACAAAUUUUGAUCUGCAUCAAAAAUUCCUUCCGUGGGUCACUGAUGCUCAGAACUACCAAUCAACAUGUUGGUGUGUCUCUGUUUUUUUUUUUUUUUUCCUUUUGGUUUGUUUUUCCUAGUGAAAAUUCAGAUUGGUUCACUCAAUGCUUAGUAUUUUUCUCUUCCUACAAGAUUGUUCUUUCUUGCCUGUUGAAGAAUGAAAAUCACAGCAUUUUGGGAACCAAGAUGCUGUGAUUCUUUGCCUGCACAAAAUAGGGCAGAGAGCUGAGCUGAACUAUCCCAUCCUUUCCAAAGCCUCACCACCUAAAUGCUACCAUUUAAUCCCUGAACCUCCAAGUAAUCCAUGGAGGAGUUUGUUGUGGUACUUUUCCUUCUUCCAUGUGAAAACCAUACCCUUGCCUUCUCUUCCCUUAGUCAUUGACCCAUUUUCAUCUGUGCUGGUCUGUCCAAGGCAGGGUAGAGGAUGGCUCCAUGGUACUUGUAUUAGUUCCAGCACAAACAUCUUGUGGGCAUCAGCAGGGCUUUGGUCCCAGCUCCUGAGUGGCUGCUGUGUGGAAGAUGCUCGAGUUCCCAACACUCAAAGCAGAGUCAUCUGAAAGGACUGGGAAGUUUCUCUGUGAUCCUGGCAAGGGCAUGCCACAGAGCAAGCAGCAGGCCUGGGGAGGGAGCACCAUGCUGGUGGCAGAGUCCUUGGAAAUUAUUCUCCAUGGUGGCCAAGAACACCAAGAAGUCUUGAGCCCCCCUUCAAGGCUGGUGCUCAGCCAGGGCCGUGCCAUUGCUGAAUCACUGUAUGGCAACACAGCAAAUCAUCAGUUACAGCUGUAAACCUGCCUGAGUUCAGAUUGCUGAGGCAGCACCUGGUGCCAGGCUCCAUGAGGAGGUGGAUGUGUGCUGUGGUUCCUGGUGGGUGGGAGCUCCUAGUGGGUCGCUCAGAACAGCUCUGAGCUUUUCCAUCUCUCAUCUUGCAUCCUCUGAGCCCAGCAUUGCAUCACACAUGCUGAGUCUUAUUAGAUCAAGCAUGACCCCCAAAGUGAAGAAUGUGGAAGGUUGCAGCUCAGUUGGUGCGACUCAUGUUUUGGUCAACACAACAUCAGUGACCUGCUGUACAUUGACCUCUAGUUGAGAAACAAUAUUUUGGCCUGUUUGGGCCUUUUUUUAGAUAGAUAUUUUAUUUGAGCCAGAGAACAGUGCAGGGGGGGGGAAGCCUAGUCUGCCCAGAAUAGUGACUCCCCAAAUAUUCCCAACUGCAAAACGUCCCUCAGUUGACUUCUAAUGAAAAUGCAAGCAUGUUUUCUACAAAGGCUUAAAUCUUAAUCAAGGAAUGUCAGUGUGCCUAAUAUUGCAGGUCUUGUGAUUGAUAACAAGUUCAUAACAGCAUCCGUGUCCAAAAAGAAGGGAGAAUGUGUAUUUACUCCAUGCAUGUAUUAAGGCAUUGCAAAAGUUUUAUCUGCGUAAUGAGUUUGCAGUUCUGCAAAUUGUUAAUGGGGCUACAUCGCAAGUGGUUCUUUGCCUUGACAAUCAUGUAUACAUAUCGAGAUUUCUAUCAUAAUGACAAUUUAAAGGGAUGACUAAUUGUUUUCCUCCAAUAAAUCCAAUUAAAUCA